UUUAAUUUACAAACUUUGCCAUUGCUUGAUGAGCUCCGAAUGCAGAUCGAGACCGUAACUCGACCCGAUCACUUCAAAGUUCCCGUUACGGUGGGAGACUAUGUUCUGAAAUCAAAGCUCGGAGAGGGUUCGUUCUCCAUAGUGUGGAAAGCGGAGCACAAGUUGAGCGGCCAAGAGGUGGCGUUAAAGCAGGUCUAUCCGUCGAGGCUGAACCGCCAACUCAGGAACUGCUUCGACUGUGAGCUUAACUUCUUGUCCUCUGUUAACCAUCCCAACAUCGUCCGCCUUUUCGACGUUUUUCGGGCUGAAGGUUGUAUAUUCCUGGUCCUGGAAUUUUGUGCUGGUGGAAGUCUGGCUUCAUAUCUUCAACACCGUGGGAGAGUUCAAGAACAGUUAGUGAGAGGAUUUAUGCAGCAGCUUGGAGCUGCUAUGGAAAUUCUGAACUCACACCACAUCAUUCACAGGGAUUUGAAACCAGAGAAUAUUCUUCUCUCUGUUCCAGAGGAUGAUGCUGUCCUAAAGAUAUCUGAUUUUGGAUUUUCUAGAUAUGUACAUCCAAGUGAUUAUGCAGAGACAGUUUGUGGAACUGCAUUAUACAUGGCUCCGGAAGUUCUUCAAUUCCAAAGAUAUGACGAAAAGGUUGACAUGUGGAGUCUUGGUGCAAUUCUUUUCGAGCUCCUGAAUGGCUAUCCUCCUUUUCAUGGUAGGACUAAUGUUCAGCUGCUACAGAACAUCAAGUCGUGUAAGCGUCUUCCAUUUUCUCAGUUGAUCCUUCCGGCUUUGGAUCCAGACUGUGUUGAUAUGUGUUCAAGGCUGCUGUCUAUAAAUCCAGCGGAUCGCCUCUCUUUCAACGAAUUUUAUCGGCAUAUUUUUUUGAGUAGAAAAGGAGUGGCAACUUAAAAUGCAUGGGAACUCCUAGGCUGAAGGAUUUACCUUGCCAGAGACUGCGUGAGAGUGAAGCACAUUGUCAAAACCCAUUGAAAUGAAGUGUCAACUACUUGCAUACCUUUCCAAUGCCCCGGCUUUAAUUUUUGUCUCAUCUUCUUGACAUUGCGAGCAGUCUACACUGCAACCAAGAAUAAUCCCUGAUCAUUCUCUGCUGCUCUUGCCUGCAUACUAAGUCAAGCUAUGAGCCUGGCUUUCUUCUUCGUUUCUUGAAGGGGUGUGUUAUGGUUGCAUACCAGCAGCUAUAUAGAUCAAGAAGGAAGUCCCUUAGUCUGGAAUAUGAACAAGAAAUUUGAAUAUUGGAUGUAAAAAUAUAAUUGAAUCGGUCUUGGACAUUGUCCUGUCCGAUACGAUGAUUAAUCCUUUUGUUUUCACUAUAUUCUAUCUGCCAUAUGAAGGAACGAUUACCUUGAAGUUUUA